CAGCUCGCGCGCCGUGCCGGAGCAGCUGCGCUCGGGGAGCGCGCGGCGGACAUGGGCGAGACCAUGUCCAAGAGACUGAGGCUGCAGCUGGGAGGAGAGGCGGACAUGGAGGAACGGGCCUUCCCCAACCCCUUCCCGGACUACGAGGCCGCCGCCGCCUCCGCCGCGGGGCUCGCGGCCGGGGGAGCCGAGGACGCCGGCUGCGCCCGCCCGCCGCCCACCGCCGACAAGCCCUCGGGCCUGCCUUUCCACCCGGACGGGAAGAUCAUUCAUAAACUCACAAGGCGGAUCCAGACCAAAAUCAAAGACCUUCUACAGCAGAUGGAGGAAGGACUGAAAACAGCUGACCCUCAUGAUUGCUCGGCUUACACUGGCUGGACAGGAAUAGCCCUCUUGUACCUGCAGCUGUACCGAGUCACUUGUGACCAGACCUAUCUGCUCCGAUCCCUGGAUUACGUGAAGAGAACCCUUCGGAAUCUGAGUGGUCGCAGAGUCACAUUCCUCUGUGGAGAUGCUGGGCCUCUUGCUGUGGGAGCCGUGAUAUAUCAUAAACUCAAAAGUGACUGUGAGUCACAGGAGUGCAUCUCAAAACUUUUACAGAUGCACCGAUCUGUGGUCUGUCAGGAGUCCGAGCUCCCUGACGAGCUGCUCUAUGGACGAGCCGGCUACCUGUACGCCUUACUGUACGUGAGCUCAGAGCUUGGCCCCAGCGCUGUGUGUGAAUCCGCCAUUCAAGAGGUAGUUAGUGCUAUUAUUGAAUCAGGAAAGACUUUGUCAAGGGAAGAAAGGAAAACUGAGCGUUGCCCCCUGCUGUAUCAGUGGCACAGGAAGCAGUAUGUUGGAGCAGCCCAUGGCCUGGCUGGAAUCUACUACAUGUUAAUGCAGCCAGCAGCAAAAGUGGACCAAGAAACCUUGACAGAAAUGGUGAAACCUAGUAUUGAUUAUUUGCGUCACAAGAGAUUUCGAUCUGGGAAUUACCCAUCAUCAUUAAGCAAUGAAACUGAUCGACUGGUCCAUUGGUGCCAUGGUGCCCCAGGCGUCAUCCAUAUGCUCAUGCAGGCCUAUCAGGUUUUUAAAGAAGAAAAAUACUUGAAAGAGGCCAUGGACUGCAGUGAUGUGAUUUGGCAGCGAGGGCUGCUCCGGAAGGGCUAUGGGAUUUGUCAUGGGACCUCUGGGAACGGAUAUGCUUUUCUGUCCCUUUACCAUCUCACGCAGGAUAAGAAGUACCUGUAUCGAGCUUGCAAGUUUGCAGAGUGGUGUCUAGAUUAUGGAGCACAUGGAUGCCGCAUUCCUGACAGACCCUAUUCCCUCUUUGAAGGUAUGGCUGGUGCUAUUCAUUUUCUCUCCGACAUCCUGGUUCCAGAGACAUCACGGUUUCCGGCAUUUGAACUUGGUUCUUUGCAGAAGGAUUAAAAAGGUGCAAAAAGACAAUUUAAAUACCUGUUGGACCAAAAUCCACCUGAUUGCUUAGUGCCUGGCAGAACCAACUGUGAAUCCUGAAAGGAGGAAAAUAAAAGAGUUCAUCUUUACAGGCCCCCUUUUGUUACAAAUAUCCCCAAGUUAGAACCUGAGGGAUAGAGGCCAUCCCAUCAGCACAGUGGGCAGUGCUUCCUCACUGGUGUAAGAUGCAGCUCUUCCCAUGCAGGCUCCUGUAGUGUGCAUGUUUCUUGGUGUUGUUUGUCUGUAGGUAUACAGUGUUUUACAUGGAAAAGCCCUCUCAGCACAUAAGCUCUGAACUGAGCAUGCAUGAGUGUGUGGCAACACCUGCCCCUUGUGCAUAUACUACCUAACGUAGGGCAUCAUCUAAACAGAGAAACCAUCACAUGAUGCUUUUCAUAAACACCGGAAAGAGAACCCAGAUAUCUAUGUGAGCAUACUUCAUUAGCAUUUUCUGUGGGCAACUUUGAGAAGAGCAUGAGGAAAACAGCAGCCCCCAAACUGGAAAGAAACAGGCAAGCCAGACUCCCGGGGAGGCCCACUUGGGCACUGCUUCCCUCUGCACCUUCUGUUCACAGUGUUUUUAAGGAGACCCCGGGUACACUGCGGCUCUUAAGGCUCUAAUUUCUCAGCAGAGAUUUCAGGACUUGUGUGUCCUUUCAAGGCAGCUAGUGCUCACGCUGCUAAGAGCAACCUUCGGUGGCCAUAUUACAGGUAGCAGCAACUACGUGUUAGAAAUUCAAGAACACUCACCCAAGAUAUACCUCAUUAAAGCAGACCCUUAAUUUUAUCAGCAUAACAUUAUUAUAAAAAUAGAAUGCAUACAGUUCCAAAUGAAUCAGUUCAUACUUUCAAUUAAAUGUGUCACAGAUAUCUGGUAAGUAAUCAAAGGAUAAUUUUGGAAUUAAUACAUUCCUUAUUUUUCAUUCCCUCUUGUGUGAUAAAAUCAGAAGUACUAGGCUGCAUUGAUAUAUAUGGGGAACAUAAUCUAACCAAGGAAAUUUACUCUCUGGGUGACUUUGUAUUAGUUUUAAGGGCAGUAGUUGGAAUCAACCUGCAGUCAUUCUACAUUGUCAUGGUGUGAAUCUUCUACACUCUGGGCAUUUGUCAUGCAAAAUAAAACACGUCAUAAAAUGCA